GCUCCCGCGGGGGCAGCCGGAAGGUCAGGAGAGGUAGUUUUUGAAGAAAAGACCAUGUUCAGUCUGAAGAUGCUUCCGGUUCUGCUCGCUCUGCACGAGCAGCUUUCUGGGGCCUUUCCAGUACCUUCUGAAUCUCCAGAAGAGAAAAAUAUAAAAAUUGUUCAGGAUUACCUUGAAAAAUUCUAUCAAUUACCAAAGUACAGACACCCGUCUGAAAGGAAGAAGAGCGCGAGUGUGAUUGUUGAAAAGCUGAAAGAAAUGCAGCGAUUCUUUGGGCUGAACGUGACCGGGAAGCAAGAUGAGGAGACCUUGAAGACGAUGCAGAAGGCUCGCUGUGGAGUGCCCGAUUCUGGCAACUUCAUGCUAACCCCGGGCCACCCCAAGUGGAAGCAUACUAACCUGACCUACAGGAUUAUUAACCAAACAACAAACUUGACAAACGAUGUUGUGGAAAGAUAUAUAGAGGAAGCCUUUCAGCUGUGGAAGAACGCAUCAUCCCUGAACAUCACCAGGGUCUUGCAAGGAGAAGCAGACAUUAAGAUUGCUUUUUUCCAAAGAGAUCAUGGUGACAACUCUCCAUUCGACGGACCCAAUGGAAUCCUGGCACAUGCCUUUCAGCCAGGCCCGGGUAUUGGAGGCGAUGUUCAUUUUGAUGCAGAAGAAAUGUGGACCAACACCUCUAAAGAUUACAACUUGUAUCUUGUUGCCGCCCAUGAGUUUGGCCAUUCCCUGGGGCUCUCUCACUCCACCGACCCUGGUGCCUUGAUGUAUCCCACCUACUCUUUCCACGAACCCAGCACCUACGUGCUCCCUCAAGAUGACAUCAACGGCAUUCAGGCCAUCUAUGGACCUGCAGACAGACCCGUCCAACCCACUGGGCCAACCACACCCACAGCCUGUGACCCCAGACUGACGUUCGAUGCUGUCACCACCCUCCGAGGGGAAAUACUGUUCUUUAAAGACAAGUACUUCUGGAGGAAGCAUCCUCAGGUACGAAGAGUUGAACUCAAUUUUAUUUCCCUCUUCUGGCCGACCCUGCCAGAUGGCAUCCAGGCUGCUUAUGAGGAUUUUUACAGGGACGUAGUUAUCGUAUUUAAAGGCAAGCAGUACUGGGCUCUGAGUGGGUAUGACAUCCAGCAAGGUUAUCCCAAGGACAUACUAAACUAUGGCUUCCCAAGCAGCGUCCACGCAAUUGACGCAGCUGCUUCCUACAGGGGGAAAACAUAUUUCUUUGUAAACAACCAAUUCUGGAGAUAUGAUGACCAAAGACAAUCCAUGGAUCCAGGUUAUCCCAAAAGCAUAGCAAGUACCUUUCAAGGAAUAGGAAGUCGAGUUGAUGCAGUUUUCCAGCGGGAUGAUGUCUUCUUUUUCUUCAGUGGACCAAUACAUUAUGCAUUUGACUUUAGAUAUCAGAGGAUUACUAAAGUUGAAAGAAACAAUCGAUGGCUUAACUGUAGAUACGGUUGAAGGAAAAACAAAUGUGUUUGUAACCAUUUUCUGAAUAUGGGAGAGAAGUCUAAUUUGCCUGUCCAUUGCAUUGUGUCCUGUUUAUGUUUUUCUCAACAAUAAAUAAUGUCGUUUGCUGUCACUGUAUUCACUGGACCUGUCCUCAGUGAAAAUACGCUUGGAGUAUUCCACUGUCUGCUGAGGCUGCCUUUGUUCUCAUAUAGUCCGUCUCAGGUUAGUGAAUCCAUCACAAGGAGAUUAAGCCUUCUUUGUCCUCCUAAUAUUCACCACUUCAUUACUUACUUACCUGACUUCUAAAAUGCCCAUUUAUUCUCCAGCCUUUUAAAUAUAUCUUAAGUAUACCUGCUGCAUGUAAUUUAGCACUGGAUUUUGUCUAGAAGGAUUAUGAACAACAUAAAUAGUACCCCUUGCCUUUACACUCUUGGAAAGAAAUAUCAUGGCUACGUGUUGUGGGUUGAAUCGUGUCCUCCCCACCAAAAAAAAGAUACGUUGAAGUCCUGACCACAGGUAGCUACGAAUGUACCUUAUUUGGAACUAGAGUCUUUGCAGAUGUAAUUAGUUAAGAUGAGGUUGUAUUGGAUUAGGGUGGGCCUAAGAACUGAUGAUCCUGUAAGAAGAGGGGAGACACAGGCACACAGUGGAGAGGCCAUGUGAAGACAGAGACACAGACGGGUACAAGGUAUCUCCCUGCCAAGGAUUGCCGGCAACUACCAGAAGCUGGGAAGAGGCAGGGAAGGAUCCUUCCUAGAGCCUUGAGACAGAAGAACAUCACCCUCCUGCACCUUGAUUUUGAAUUUGUAGCUUCCAGAUUGUGAUAAAAUAAAUUUCUGCUGUUUUAAACUA